AUGAAUAAUACUGAUAUUAAGGAUGUUUCUCAAUCUGCUGUAAGCAAAAGACAAAAAUUAGAUAAGAAUGUGAUACCUAACAAUGUAACAAAUAUUGGUAAUAAUAAUGAUGAUGACGAUAUGAUUAAAAGAUAUGGGGUUGGUGCCAAAUUACUAUCCCGUAUGGGUUACAAAAUUGGACAUGGGCUUGGAUCAGAAGGUAAGGGCAUAAGUAAACCGAUUGAGGCAUUUAAAAGGCCACAUGGGAAAGCUGGCUUGGGCAUGCUUUCUGAUUUGUCUAAUUAUCAAGAUGAUGAUCUAGAAGAUGACAACGGUUACAGUUCUUCUUCUUCUUCUUCCUUUUCUUCCUCAAUAAUUUCUGAGACAUCUAUUCCCUUUAAUGAGAAUAUAGUUAAUAAUACUCUAACAUCAUUAUAUGAAAAGUCUAAAAAGAAUAAGAAAUCAUCUAAGAAAAAAAAAAUUAUCUUCAAUAAAAAGGGGACUGUUACUUUAAAUAAUAUGGAAAAAUUAAAGCUCAUAAACCGUUUAAAAGAUCUAGAAAUAAAUCACCCAAGUAUAAUAAUUCCAUAUACGUUAUUAGAUAAUUUAAAAACUAAGACAGUUAUUUCUAGGGAAUCAAGAAUACAAAUAAUUGAUAUUGUACAGAAAUUAGAGAAUAUCGAGAUACAAUUAGAAUCUUUAAGUGAUAGAAUUGCCAACUUAAAUGUGCAACACAAAGUUUUGGAUGUGUCUGGCUCUAUAUUAUCUGAUAUUGUUCAACAUCUUUCUAUCAAGGAUCCAGAUGUAUUUUUAAUGCAGGUUCCUGAAUGUAUUGAGAAAAUUUUACAGAUUGAAAAUGAUGAUAUUAUGGAUAUUUUAAUGUCAAGAUUUUUAAAACACUUGUUCAACGUUCAAAAGAAUUGUGUUGAUGACGAUCAAGAAAUAGCUGGUAAUGAUAAAAUUGAUAGUAAGUUUUGGAUAUUAGCGAAUACACCAUUUCAAAAGUACUUCCUACCUAUAGUCGAUAUUCUUCAAUAUAGAAUCGAUGAAAACAAAUUUUUGAAAAAAAAAUUAAACAGAUCUCAAACAGUCAUAUUUCAAAAUGUAUAUCCUAGUAUAAUGGAAUUAAUAAAGUCGACAAAAUUAAGAAGUACUAUAGAUUUUGAUAUUUUGGUUGCUACAUUAAUUGAUUAUGAACAACUCUUAAAAUAUUUAGAUUGUUAUGAUUAUCUAUUAGAAAAUGUUCUUAUGCCAAAGAUUGAAGAUAUAAUAUAUGAUGAUUGGGAGUUAAAUGAUGACAGUAUAAAUUUAAAUUGGUUAUUAAACAUUCUUAUUUUAUUACAGGAUGAAAAGAUUAAAGACAUUAAAGAGAUGGUGAAGAAUAAAUUUGAAGAUUAUUGUUAUCAUUGGUAUUAUAGAGACUCAAUAAUUUCUCGACAAAAUUUAUUGAUCAUUAAACAAAUUUUAGAUUCUGAUGAUCAGUUUUAUAAAAUUAUUAGAAAAAUUUUAUUACCAAAGUUUGUAAAAUUGGUUGAAAAAUAUUUCGACUUAGAAUACGAUAUGGCUCAUUUAAGUAAUAGUAAUUAUACCAAUAGUGAUAAUAUAGAAGAGGUACAAGAUAAUUUUGAUUCAAUAUAUGUAUUCAAAUUUAUCCGAGACCAUCGAUAUAUAUUUUAUCCAAAAGAUUAUGAAAUAUUUAUUCUAUCUUUCUUCAAUUCAAUUAAUAAGUUUAUAUUUGAUUGGUGUUUUUAUUAUAAGUAUGAUCAACUGCUAGUUCAAAGAGCGGAACGUUGGUUUAAUUGGCUUAUUAAUAAGGUGUUUUCUGGAUCCAUGAAGAUUAAUAUACCUUCCCAACUUGAAAUAUCUCAGAUCAAGAGAAGUAAAGAAUUUCUUUCCAAGUUUACUAAUCACUCACAUAAUAACGAUAAUGGCAACGAUUGUUAUGGUGAUGAUAAUAAUGUUGAUACUGUUGAGAUAAUACCAAUUCAUGAUGAGACUUUUAAUCUUUUAGAUUCUUUAGAAUCCAUUAAUGGAGAAACUAAUAAAAAUACAGAACAUGUUGAUCGUGAUAGUGAAGAAUAUAAAGUGGUGUCACUUCCGAUAAGAAAGGUUACAGUAACAUUCAAGGAAGUUGUUGAAGAUUAUUGUGCUGAAAAAGGGUAUAUUUUACAAAAGUUGAAUAAUAGAUAUACAGAUAUAUCUUUUAAUUCGAUUAAUUGUGUAUUGGUGCCUAUUUAUGAAGUAAGAAAUGGAUCACGUCAUAAAAAUAUUGCCAUUAAGGACGAUAUUUUAUGGGUAGAAGAUGAUAAAGGUAGGUAUACUCCAACGUAUUUACAUGAACUUCAUAUAUGA